UUGAUUACUCUCAUCACCGCAGCGACUGUUAGUGUGUUCGUCAUGUGGGUGAACAGUGAACUGAUCGCUGAUAUGCAGCGAGAAAUGCAACAGCAACGGAAGGACGUGGCGAAUGAUCGGCUCGAAUUAACGAAAUGGAACACCGAGUUCGAACAGGCGAUUGCAGACAUUCGAGACAAGCAGGAACAGACCAUCCAGUCAUUGUAUAAAGUGGCAUAUAGACUGUACGACUUGCGGUCUGAUUUGUCUAUGCAACGUGAGGAAGCCAACAAAAACCAAAACGAAAACGCAAAACGUAUGGAGCAGUUUAUGGGCGAUCUGAAGCAGACGCGCGCAAAAUUAAAUCUUCAACCCGGUUCAUAUCGAUCCUGCAAAGAGGAGGCCGUGAAUGUGUCUGGAUUAUAUAGCAUCCGGGGAGAAAAUCAAUCUUAUUCAUUCGCUGCCUUUUGUGAACAAGAGAUCUUCAACGGAGGCUGGAUGGUCAUACAGCAUCGUUUCGACGGAGUACUGGACUUUGAUCGCAAUUGGAAGGAUUAUCGAAACGGGUUCGGUGACGCCGACGGCGAGCACUGGCUUGGAUUACAGCAGGUUUACCAGUUUACGAAGGAGCAGGAUUGUGAGCUAUUGGUCGAAUUGAAGGACUUUGACGGAACCUAUAAGUACGCGAGGUACGAUUUGUUUGGCAUCGGGAGCGAAACCGAACAGUACAGAUUGAAAACUCUGGGAGAACAUUACGGAACAGCUGGAGACUCACUAAUAUCCAACAAAGGAAUGCAAUUUUCAACUCCAGAUAGGGAUAACGAUAAUAUAUCUAACUAUGAAUGUGCAGUAAAGUCUCGUGCCGGCUGGUGGUUCAACGAUUGCGGUAAAACGUAUUUGAAUGGGCUCUAUCGAAACGAAACGAAAACGGGAGUAAACAAAAUUUCUUGGGGGGCUUACAACAACGAUUGGCGUGGAUUAAGUUAUACUCGAAUGCUGAUACGUCCAUUGGACGAACAACCGACCGAAACGAAUGUCAACAAUUCAAACGAACAACCAGAAUUCAGUGAAUCUGAAGAAUAUUUUGUGUAAAAUUAGGGACAAAC